CGCCGUGUGACGCGUUCAGUGCCACGUUGGCAGCGCGGCCGACGCCUUCGUUUUCUGUUACUUUUGUUUCAUCGAUUCACCUAUACAAUUUGUAAAAAAAUAAAAAGGAAAAAAGUGUGUGCACGAAAAUAAAUAUAUUGAUAUAGAAAAGAAAAAGUAUAGAUUUAAAAUCAUUAAAAUCGUAUCGUGAGAAUAUCGGAAGAGCCUCUAAAAAAAUAGACAAGGACGAAGUGUUUCAAUCGUGUGAAAAAGCAAGAGAAAACCAAAAAAGAGAAAGAGAGAGAGAGAUAGAUAGAUAGAUAGACAGACAGACAGACAGAGAGAGAGAAAAAGAGGGAGCGAGCCAUUCUAAAAGUCCCUCUCUCCUUUUCUCUUUCUUUUUCUCUCUCUUUUUCUCAACACAGCGAGUAGUGGGGGAGUAAAAAUAUCUCUUUCUCUCUUCCUCCCUCCAUCUCUUACUCGACACUGUGAAAUCCGAUUCCGAACGAGUAAGGAGACUGUCCCUUCCACUACUCUUCCACCCAAGCUCAUUAGUCCACUUUCGUACGUUAUCGUGUUCAUUUUCGUGAUACGAAGCGCUUCGUCACAUUGCGUGAAAACACGCGGUUCUUCCCAUAGAGAAAAAACCCUUCAAUACAUUAUUUCUUUCAUGGAGGAAGUUUAAUACAAGAAAAUAACUUCUUCUUCCUUUGCUUUAACAAGUAUUGUGUGUGUGUGUGCGUGUGCGUGCGUGCGUGAGUGCGUGUAAUUGUGCGUGUGCGCGUGCGCGCGCGCGCGUCUCGUGUGUUAAUCAGCUUUUGGAAAGGAGAACAAAAAAGAUACUUUUUUUCUUGACGAAAAAGAGUGCAAUUAUGUCGUCGUCAUCCUCUUCGGAUAUGAAUUUCAUGGAUUUAUUAUUUUCUCGCGAAGACGCCUUCCUUAAGGAUGUCGUUAAGGAUGAGCCUUUCGUCGAUCACAAUUACACUGACGACGCCAUCACGACGGAAGAAUGGCCAACAAAUCCGGACGAUUUCUUGGAUUCGAUUUUCAAAUUAGAAGAUAAUCAAUUCAAUCUGAUCGAGAAUGAUUUAGAAGCUAUUCCAUCCUCCUCAUCGGACAGUGGACUUUCCAGUGCUUUGAGUCUUUCCUGCGAGCAACAAUUGAGUCCUCUUUUACCGAUCGAAGAAGACCAAGCUGAAGUCUCGAAUUCGGAUUUAAGCAGUCCUCAAAAUUUUAUGGAUUUUGAUUCAUUAGGAAGUCCAAAUCAAUCGAUGGGUAGUAUCGACAGUCCUAUAAGAUCGGUUGUCUCCUCGAAUAUAGGAUCACCAGUCACGGAUGUUAACGAAGAAAUGGAGUUCGAGCCAACUCUCGUAGCUGUGGUAAAUCCUAACAAUACCGUUCCUGAUUCUACUCCUGUCAUAACAACAGAUCAACAACCGACAGUUAAUAUAGAAGCACUAAUUAAGCAACAGGCACAUGUGACGCCUCAGGAAAAUACAGUAAAUGUUCGCAAUCUGACGUGCAGUGGAAAGAGAAACAUAAGACAAUUAAUUCGUGUUACACCAAUGGGAUCUGGUAACCCUAGGUCGAUUUUAUUACCCGUUAGCUUAAAGGACAUGAAGGAAGUACGAACAAUAAAGAUAAUAAACGCAUCGCAAGCCAGAAAUCUCAAAGGCUUCAAGAUUAAUCAAGCAAAUAUCAUUAACAAACCUGUUCAGAUGACUAUAAAGCAAGAAGAUUCCAGCAGCGAAAAGGGUUGUAAUUCGAGUGACGAAAUUUCGGAAACAGAUUCACCUUAUCCAAGAUUAAAAUUAAAUGCUGAAGAAAAACGUCUUUUACAAAAGGAAGGAAUAACGUUACCAACUCAUUAUCCGCUCACGAAACACGAAGAACGUGAGCUGAAGAGGAUCAGACGUAAGAUUCGCAACAAAAUAUCUGCUCAGGAUUCACGUAAAAGAAAAAAGGAAUACGUGGAUGGAUUGGAGGAUCGUGUAAAACAGUGCACAGAAGAAAACAUGACGUUGCUCAAACGUAUAAAAGCACUCCAAUCCCAAAAUCAGAGUCUAGCCGGUCAACUUAAGAGACUCCAAGCAUUAAUACAAAAAAGCAACAAAAGCGCUCAACCAGCAACUUGUCUGAUGGUCCUGUUACUUUCGCUAGCACUCGUAGCUGUGCCGAAUCUUCGACCACACUCAAAUUCCAACAAUGAACUCACAAAGGAGCAAGAACAACCUGAAAAGAUGCCGCCUCUUGCAGGUCGCUCGAGGACACUCCUUUAUACGAAACAAUUAAAAGAUGAAGAACUGCAACAAUAUGGCGAGGAAUUGUUGCAGGAAGUCGAGGGUCUUUUGGAUCACGAUUACAGUCCCGUGGUUCAGAUGCCUCCCUACAAACGUCCUCGCAUUGAGAACGAAGUGAACAAUCAAAAGUUCAUUGCUUCCUCGGAACAAAUUGGUGGUACGUUAAGUGGUAUACUUGGUGGCCAAGAAAUGCCGUUUAUGAAACCGAGCAAUCGGAAAUAUAUCGAGCCACCAUUGGACGACGUUUGGCCACCACCUAAUCCAGGCGGGAAAACGGAACCUAAAGUGGUCGAUAAGCUUGAAGCUUUGACCAACGAACUAAAGAUCAAUAUAUCUGACUCGGAAGGCACCAGAACCGUCCUUGUAAAAGUACCUCAUGAACAGUGAAGUACCACCUUUCUUUCUUUUCUUCUUUAUUUCCCUUUUUUCUGGAGAUAACAACAAAAUGAAAGAAUAAAUACCGUUUAAAUGAAAUCGAACGACCGUGAAAGAACGCACGUAUCUCAAAGGUUUUCGUCGUGAAUUUCGAAUUUUUCAAUAAUAAACACACAUCGAUAUAACUAGCGACAAAGUUAAACGUUAAUAGUAAAUCGAAUUGAAAAGAAACAUUAAGAAUUUAAUAUAUUCCUCUAAUAACAUACAUUCUUUGUUUUACUUUAAAUAAAUGUUUAUCAUGUAAGAG